AUUCCUUUCCUCCGCUCCAACUCCAACUCCAACCCUCCUCUUACUAACAGUUUUAAUUUUCAACCUCUCCACUAUUUCUAUUAUUCCGUUUUAGAAAUUCUUCUAUCUAACCUCUUCUCUUCCUCCAAUUAUAGAAAUUCUAUUUACUGUAAUUUCCUUCUUCUUCUUCUGUCUUAAAGAAAAUAAAAUCUCAAAACCCAUAAAUCUCGAUCUCAAAAAUUUCCGGGUGGGUCAGAAUCUUCGUCACUCUUUCUCGGUCUCGCCCUUUUCCCUUUGCAUUUCUCUUUCUCUUCUACUCUCCUCACCCAAUCUAUGCUUGCACCUUCUUUGGUAUCCGUACCCAAUUUUGGUAAAUUUUUUUUUUACGCGGCGGUUCUCGAAGAUAUCGCUGUCCAUAUUCAGCUCACCGGGUGAUGACGCGAUUUUGAUUUGUUGUUGUACAAGUGAAAUAAUCCUGAUUUAAUAAUAAUUUCUGCUCAAUUGCAACUGGGACUGGAUGAGUGUGAAAGAUUUAGGGUCUUCUGGAUGUAAAGUUUUUGGUUUUGUUGCUGCUUUUUUCAAUUUUAAGUUUUUUUUUUGGGUUUAAAUGCUCCUGGGAGGGGAUCUAGGGUUUUUAGCUAGAGUAGUAGUGGCGUCUUUGGUGGUGAUUUUUGUUCCGGUUGUGGGUUUUGUUGUCCGCCUGAAAUGGCGGAGGUCGGUGGCCAGGAGGGAGGAGAUCAAGCGCCUUUUGGUUCUGGUUUCAGAGGAGACUUCAAGGGCUGAGCUUGAGGCUGACGGGGACUUUGGCUAUGGCUAUGAUGAUGGGCAUAAUGGUUAUGGCUACAGCAGCUCGUUGGCGGAAGUAGCUGCAGAAGAGCCCGUGCCGGAAUCUGUGGCAGAAGUGGAGGGACCGGUGGAGGUUAAUGUUGGGGCACAACCUCCUGCGGCAGCUGUUCAGGCGCCGCGGCGAUUGCCGUACCAGUGUGAGGUGUGCAGUUCUCCGACCACCACACGGUGCGCGCGGUGUAAAGCAGUUCGUUACUGCUCUGGUAAAUGUCAAAUUAUUCACUGGAGACAAGGUCACAAGGAUGAAUGUCAGCCAUUUACAUUUGAUGACCAAAGCCAUAAAAUGGGUAGCACUUCUCCUGUGAAGCUGAAGGCAAAACGGAACGAAAUUCACAAGAAUAGUUUUGAGACAGGAGUGAGAUAUCCUGCUAAGGCAGAUGAAACAUCUUCUGGAGAAGCUUCUGAUUCCAGUCUUUCAAAUUCAUCAGAUUGGGCAGAGAACGAAGUGGACAUUUCUACUGAUGAGAAAGAAAGAAUUUCAAAAUCGAAGUUGAUUGCUCCAAUGAUAAGUGAAGUCUCUAGAUUGACUUCAAGUGGAUCCUCAAUUGAUGCAUCUGCUAGUGCUUUGCAUAAUCAACGUACAUCUCAUGGUCAUCAGCCUGUUCAUUUCCCUGUUAAGACUGACGGUGAUCAUGCUAAUGUGGGUCGAACUAAGCCUUCCCCAGAGCACUCCAAUUUAGUCGCUUCUGGGGUUAAUUCUGAGCCCAUUUCUGUUGAUGUGGAUACUCUUUGUGGAUCGUCAACAUCAUCAGCUUCAAGUGUUGAUGGCUGCAGUGAAUCUUCUUUCUCUGAGCCAUCUACAUCAUCAUCUGGCUUCUGGGAUGGACCAAUCAACCUUACUAGGUCUAGAAUUGAUGCUGUUGAUGAUACAUCUCAUUCUUGUGAUGCUGCAGCACAUGUUGACCUCUCAAGUUCGCAAUUUUCUUCACCUUGUUCCUUUGAAUCGCCGAGAAGUGUUCUUCCUCAGAAAGAUAUGACUGGGUUUUGUGAUGAGAAAGCAUUAUCAGAUGAUCCUCAUACUUCUCUGAGUGAAGAGAAGAAGCCAACAAAUGGAUCUUCAUCACCAGUAAAACUGAAUAAAGAUGAUUUGGCGUCAUCAGCACUAUGUUUGGAGAGACCUGAGCAUGUUGAUUUUCGUGAUUUUAGUACAAGAAAAGUAUUGAAGUCGAGAGAACCAGGAGACCAUGCCAUGAGUAAAGAUGUCAAGGCUGGUAGUUUACCUUCCUUGAAUUCUGAGAAGGUAAAUUGUAAGGUUGCUGGCCAAAGCAGUAUCCCCCAGGAAUCAAAAUCUGUGGAAGUAAAAUCUUUUUCAUCUAAAGCUUCUACUGAGCACUUGUCUCCAAACUACGGAACAUAUACAGUUCAAAAUGUGAAAUCUGUAAAAGCUGAUAGUGCUCAUGAGCUGCCUGCAUGUGCUUCAAGUUGUUUUGAUCAUUCAGAGAAUGCUCGGAAUAGCUCGAAACCUUCAGUGUGGAAAGUUGUUGACCAAAUCCGAGCUUCUAAACUAACGCGGCUCGCUCCUUUAGGUGGCAUGGGCGAGAAUGUUGGAAAAUAUUAUAACAAGGGUCUUUUUCCAUACGAUCUGUUUGUGAAGCUUUACAACUGGAACAAGGUUGAACUACUUCCUUGUGGACUCUUGAAUUGUGGGAACAGCUGCUAUGCUAAUGUUGUCCUGCAAUGCCUGGCUUUCACCCCUCCUCUAACAGCUUAUUUUCUGCAAGGACUACAUUCCAGAGCAUGCAAAAAAAGAGGCUGGUGCUUCACUUGUGAGUUUGAGAGUCUUGUUCUUAAGGCAAAGGAUGGAAAUUCUCCCAUCUCUCCUAGCCGUAUCAUAUCCCAAUUGCAAAACAUAGGGAGCAAUCUUGGGAAUGGAAGAGAAGAAGAUGCACACGAAUUUCUCAGGUGUGCCAUCGAUACGAUGCAAUCUGGUUGUUUGAACGAAGCUGGAAUAAGUGCUUCAGGUACUUUGGAAGAAACAACCCUCUUGGGGCUUACUUUUGGGGGCUACCUCAGAUCCAAGAUCGAGUGCAUGAGAUGUGGAGGCAAAUCUGAACGGCAGGAAAAAAUGAUGGAUCUUACUGUUGAGAUAGGAGGAGACAUAGGAACCUUGGAAGAAGCUUUGCGACAGUUCACUCAUACAGAGACAUUAGAUGGAGAAAACAAGUACCACUGCAGCAGAUGCAAAUCCUAUGAGAAAGCCAAAAAGAAGCUCAGAGUGCUUGAGGCUCCUAACAUUUUGACUAUUGCAUUGAAAAGAUUUCAGUCAGGUAAAUUUGGGAAGCUCAAUAAGACAAUAAGGUUCCCUGAGAUUCUCGAUCUGGCUCCUUACAUGAGUGGGACGAGUGACAAGUCCCCCAUAUAUCGCCUUUAUGGGGUCAUUGUUCACUUGGAUAUCAUGAAUGCUGCAUUUUCCGGUCACUAUGUUUGUUAUGUAAAAAACACUCAGAACAAGUGGUUCAAAAUCGACGACAGCAUGGUAAACGCUGUGGAACUCGAGAGGGUCUUGACAAAGGGGGCAUACAUGCUUCUUUAUGCUAGGUGCUCACCACGAGCUCCAAGAUUAAUAAGGAGCACAUUGGUUCCUCGUGAUCCAAGGAAAUCAAGGCAUCCAGAUUCUAAGCCAAGAUAUCAUCGUGCCAGGGGUCCAUGGGACAUUCAUGCGGAUGAUUCGUCAAGUAAUGAGACCAAUGAUGAACGCGCUUGUCCAAAUUAUUCGAGUUUCCAGCCAUUCCGUACAAUUUGGGAAGAGGACUCUUCAAGUGAUAAAUCAUCCUCUUUCUUCUCAGAAGUAAAUUCUUGCAGUACGGACAGCAGUACCAGGGAUUCAAUGUGUUCAGACGACCUUUUUGACCAGAUGAUAGGAAUAGGAGAUAUGGGGGUGUAUUAUGGUGGCAGUUCUUGGAGGAAUGCCUCUGAUUCUGAGUCUUCAUCUUCCUCGUCAUCUCCAUCCUCCUUGUACUCAAGGCAUCCACUGCGCGACUUGGAAGCUUAUGCUUCUAAAUAUCCCGAGGAGACUGAUGAAUGCAUUGAUACUGCAGUACCAACUGUUGACGAUAGGCCAAGGCUUCCUGGCCGCACUGAAGUUGAGGUCACAGGAAGCAGGGGAAGCACGCUGUGUCCCGACUCAGGCAAGGGAAGCACUCCCUUUUUGUGUCCUGACUCGACUAAACGGUGUAGAAAGUUAGGUAGCAGUAGUUGUAGGGAAACCGGCUCCAGUAAAUUAGGAUGGAUUAACUUUGAGAACUGGAAAUCUAGUGUGACUUUUAGACGACCUACGAGGGAAAGAUCAGAUUGAAUAUCUGGUCGAGCGGAAAUAAAGAGGGUCGGAGGCUGGGGUUAGGGAGUGGCUGUAUGUAGUAGUAUCAUACUCUCUGGUUGGCUGCGUUCAAGAAAGAGCCAUCAUUUUGUCGCUCUCUUCCCCUUUAUAUAAUAUAUGUAUUUUUGCGGUCAAAAGUCCGUCAUUAGUGUGUAGAGUGUAAUGGCAAAGAGCAUUCUCCUGUCCGGGGAUCCCUAGUUUUGGCAGAAUGGUUUCUGCAAUAAAAGGGAAAAGUAUUGUCCAUUA